AUGCCUUCCAAUAUUGAUCCAAACCUUUGCACCCACCUGAUUUAUGCCUUUUCUGGUAUUAACGAAGCGAAUGAGUUGGUCACCAUAGAGUGGAAUGAUGAGGAACUCUACAAAUCCUUUAACGGACUCAAACAGAGAAAUCCAAAUCUUAAAACAUUGCUGGCGGUUGGAGGCUGGAACUUUGGAAGUCAAAAAUUCACUACAAUGGUGUCAACACAAGCCAACAGAAAUACGUUUAUCCAGUCCUCUAUCAAACUGUUGAGAAAGCACGGUUUUGAUGGACUGGACCUGGACUGGGAAUACCCUGCAGCAAGAGGAAGCCCUCUGGAGGACAAGCAGAGAUUCACAUCGUUAUGCAAGGAGCUGCUGGAGGCCUACGUGGCUGAGGGAACAUCAACUGGGCAGUCCAGGUUAAUGAUCUCGGCUGCUGUGGUUGCUGGGAAAGGAACCAUUGAUGCCGGUUAUGACAUUGCAGAGAUUGCAAAGUACGUGGACUUUAUUAAUGUGAUGACAUAUGACUUUCAUGGCACCUGGGAGAGCGUCACUGGACAUCACAGCCCCUUAUAUAAAGGAUCCCAUGACACUGGGGACCAUGUUUAUUUAAAUACCGAUUUUGCUAUGAGAUACUGGCGUGACAAGGGAACACCGGUGGAAAAGCUAAAUAUGGGUUUUGCUACAUAUGGACGAGGAUUUCGGCUCUCUACUCAGUCCAGUCAGGUCGGAGCACCAGCCAGCGGCCCUGCUGCUGCUGGCACUUUUACGAGGGAGGCUGGCUUCUUGUCCUAUUAUGAGAUUUGUACUUUUCUUAAAGGGGCCACUGUUCACAUGAUUGAAGAUCAGAAAGUUCCUUACGCCACCAAACAAAACGAAUGGAUUGGAUAUGACAACAAAGACAGUUUCAACACUAAGGUCCGUUACCUACAAGACAACAGAUUUGGAGGAGCCUUCGUCUGGUCUCUGGAUUUGGAUGACUUUGCCGGACAGUUCUGUGGAGAGGGAAACUAUGUCCUCAUCAACUAUCUCCGCUCUCUUUUAGCUUUGGAUCUUCCUCCCCUCCCCACUUCAGAAAGCACCCCAAACCCAGUGACUCCGUCUCCAAACAAGAAUCAACCUCAAACUACGCCUCACCCCAGACCUACAAUCAUUACUUCAACCAAAACCACUGAUAACAACUUCUGUGCUACAAGGGUUGGUGGUGUCUAUGCUAAACCUGAUGCUCCUAAUUCUUAUUACAAUUGUGCCAAUGGCAUCACCUGGGUACAAAACUGCCCAAGUACUUUAGUCUUUAAGGACAGCUGUAAAUGCUGUGACUGGCCCUAAAGACUGUCAUUAUUCAUACCACAGGCAGUGAGCAAAAAUCACAAGAAUCAUUUUUUGUUGAUUUAGUUUGCAUUAAGUUCCUUUAAAAUAUAUUUAUGCAAUGCAGUCCUGCAAUACCUUCUGCCUUCUUCAAGGUGUUCAGUUAUUCGUGAGUGAGGUGUUGAUUCCCUUUUAUGAUCAUAAGAUGAAUGUAGGUUUAUGGUGCUGCUGUGGGAUGCUGAAAAUUCCGUCUACUGUCGCAUCAAGGAUGACUUACAGUAUCACAAGAACAACAUCUGGGUGUAUAGCUGAUACCUGCAUACAGUAUUAUAUGGUUCCUAGUUAAAAAUCAUCCCCAUGUGUAUCAUAUUAAAAUGCUUAAAUGCAGCAUAA